ACGCUCGAGACCCAACCGGCAUCAGUAACGAAACGACCCAGCCUACAGCAAAGUCUUUGGGAUCUGGAUUGCAACAGUAACAACCGCGUGCAGUAUGGAUUUUGUUUUCAGAGUGUUCUUUUUGCAGUUCCUCAUAUUCGGGCUGCUGGUGUCACAUGUACGACCGCAAACCGGAGGAACCGACUGCCACGGCAAGGACUACCUGUGUCUGGACGAUGUUCGAUUUCAACUUUGUGUAGAUUAUGGUGAUGGGAAACCUACGACCGUUAACGAUGAGGUGCAGCACUGUCCGCAGGGAACGUUCUGCAGCAACAGUGGACACUUUGAGUGUGAUUCGUUCGUGCCACCUUCGACCACUGCUGAGCCACACGUUAACGUUGAUGAUGAUGCUACGGCACAACCAGAAACGGAGGAAAAUGCCACGAAUGAACCUGCGGUGGAGGUAGAGGAUGCUACUUUACCAGAAGAAACGGAAGCUCCUGCAAGCAAUCCUGCUACGGAGGGUGGCAAUGACGAUAGCACACCGGCAAACCCCGAAGCAGGCGGUUCACUUGAACCGGUAGAGGAGGAAGGCGCAACGGACGGCGAUGCGCCUGCACAGGAAUCUUCCACAGCAACGGUUGAAACGGAGACUAACGAGGUGCCGGAAGCCGAAGUUGCAGUUCCAUCGGAAGGUACCGAAUUGCCGGAACAGUCGGAAACGACCGUAGCAUCGGAGACGGUCCCAGUGCAACCGACGGAGGAAUCAGCACCAUCCACGCCGGUCCCAGAAGACGAAGCGGUCGAAACAACUUCGCAAUCAAACAAUCCGGAAACCGAAGAAUCGCCCGUGGAGACGGUGGCGCCAGUCGAACCGGAAGUAACUAAUCCACCAGCAGCAGAAGAAACAUCGCCCGAAGCGACGACGGUUGCGCAGGAGACCGAACCAGAAUCAGUUGCAACGGAUGCUCCCGAGGUAGAAGUUAGUGAAAGCACGGAAUCGGUUGUAACGACCGAACAGACGGACGGUUCGGAAUCAUCUACCCCAACGGAAUCGGGUACGGAGGGUGAAGUGGUAGAUCAAUCGUCCACGGAUGCUGCUGAAGCCGUUACGACGGAAGAAAGUUUGCCAUCGGAACAAUCAACGGAUAGUGUUACGACUGAGAGUGAAGCAUCGCAAGACUCAUCAACGGUCGCUGCAUCAGAAGCUCCCGAACAGGAGGAAACGGAAGUGCCUGUGGAUGAUAAUAAUGUAGCGCCCGAAACAACCGCUGUUCCAGAAGCCGGCGAACAGGAGGGUUCCGAAGCAAACCCUUCUGAGCCUUCGGUAGAGCCAGAAGUGUCAGAAUCGACCUCUGAACCGUCCGCUCAACCGGAGACUUCGGAAUCGUCUACAGAACCAGAAGCUCCUGAAUCCAAUCCAUCUGUAGAACCAGAAGCUACCGAAUCAAGCAGUGUCAGUUCCGAACCUUCGGAGACAUCCGCACCAGUGACGGACCAAGCUGAAACAACUUCCACCUCAUCUCCAAGUGAUGAAGACACCUCAUCCUCCGACCCUAACACUAGUGAGUCUGGUUCGAACGAAGGAUCCUCUUCCCAAGACUCCACGGAAGCACCAUCGGCCGAAUCUGGCGCUGAAUCGAACGAAGGCAACACACCCAACGUACCUCAAGCUCCCGGAUCCAGCUCAUUUGUGUGUCCUGCUGCAGGUCGCUUUGCAAAUCCUACCGAUUGCCAUAAAUACUACGUCUGCUUCUGGCUACCAUUCGGCCUGUACAGUCUCGAGCAGAACUGUCUGACCGGAUACGCGUACAACCCUACGCUGGAACGAUGUACCGCCGACCAGAGCGUUUGCUUCCCGGGACAGUUCACGUGUAUGGGACCGGGUCGCUUCCCGGAUCCUACCGAUCCGACCCAGUACUUCUGGUGCGUAUGGAACAUGUUCGGUGGGUACCUGCAGUACAAGAUGCAGUGCCCGAUGGGCCAGGUGUUCAACCCGUUCCGUGGUCGCUGUGCGUUUAUGGUAGCGGGAACUCGUUCGCUUCCGUUGGACGAGUUGGAAUAUGACGAGGUAGUGGUAGCUGAGGAGUCAACCCAAGCGGAUGACGUGGUAGUGGAGCCAACGCAACCAGCAGAAACUGUCGCCCCGGUAGAAGAUCAACCGAAGCUGAAGGUUAAGUUCCAGUGCUUGGAGGAAGGUACCUUUGCCGAUCCGAACAACUGCAGCCGUUACUUUGUCUGCACGCUGAAGAAGCUGGACAAGUUCAAGAAGAGCAAGUUCAAGUGCGUCACCGGAGAACGUUUCGAUCCGCUGAUGAGCAUGUGCGUUCCGGAUGUGGAUGCCCUGUGUGAAUAGACACCCGAGGCACAGGAGAAAUCGCAAGCCGAUGAGUUAGUUAGCAGCAGCAGAGUGUAACAGAAAUGGUUUCGUACACGAAUAAAAUAUUUAUCGAUAAUUUA